UACCGCCGUCGGCAUGCGCUUCCUCCUGCUCUCGGCAAUCACAGAGAAGACAAAGACGCAUCCCAACGAGAAGCGCGUCGACGCGCCGCUCGCGGAGGGGCUCCUCACCACCGUUCGGCUCGCCUACGGCGAGGAGGUUUGCGAGGCCGGCGGCAGUGUCUUCGAUGACAUCGGCGCGUUUUGCCAGGCGCGCGAUCGUGCCGUCAGCGCCAAGAACUCCACCGCCAAGGAGGCGCAGGCCGCUGCGGUCACCUACGCCACCUACCUCGCGAUCCUCACCGCUCUCGAGCGUCCUCUCGGUGAUGCGUUGGGCGACAUCGACGAGAAGUUCCUUCCCAAGCUGCCCUUCGGUUGGCGGUCGGCGCUGGAGAAGGAUGCGGAGGCCAAGAUGUCGCUGCUGCACCUCGAGCGGGGCGCCGCGCUGUGGAACCUGGCGAUGGCAAACGCCUCGAGUGGCGCACUCCUGCCGCGCGACUCGGAGGAGGAGGUGAAGAAGGCGACGCGCCACUUCCAGGUCGCGGCCGGGGCGCUCGACGAGCUCGCCACGCUCGGCCUCGUGGUGAAGAUAGCCGGGCGGGACUUGAGGCAGAACCCGGGCUCGAUGGGCGGCUGGAGCAAGCCGAAGCCCCCGCCCGAGCUGGAGGAGACGACCGCGAAGCCGCUCUCCGCGCUGAUGGUCGCGUUCGCUCAGGAGUGUCUGUGUCGGAUGGCGGAGCUGUCGGGCAAGGCGGCGGGCACGCGGGCGAUCCUCGGCAUGGGGGCGGUCGACGCGUUUGCCGCCGCGGCGACCGCUCUCUCGUCGCACGGCGUCGACAAGGCGGUGAAGGGGUGGGCGCUGGCCGAGUGCCAAGCGCGGCGCGAGAUGCAGCGGGCGCUCUGCUUCUGGAUGCUCGCCACGCCGGCGCAGAACCCGGGGUUUGGGGAGCUGGUAGCGCUCACCGCGCGCGCCGCCAGCGCAGCGUCCGCCGCCGUCGGCGCGGCCAAAAACUUGCCCGAGGUGGAGGAGCAGCAAAUGCGCGACCUGCAGGUGACUGCGAGCGACAAGCUGAGCACGCUGCAGAAGGACAACGACUCGGUCUACUUCGAGUCUGUCCCGCCCGAGGCGUCGCUGCCCCUUGCCACGGGCAAGGUGCUCGCGAAGCCGGUGGCGCUGCAGGCGA